CCAAUAUAGUGUGUGUGAAAGAGAGAGAGAGUGUAACAGCAAGAGAGAAAGUAGCUUUAUUAUGGAUUACAGAUAAAAGACAGCUAAUCUCAGUGACGCAAAUCUGAGAGUAGACUUCACUCUGUGUAGAUUAAAGUAACCCGUCUUGAUGAGGAAGACAACCUAAUGGGUUUCGUCAUGACUUCGCAUUGAAACACCACUUUCUCAAAAGUCUUCUCUCCUUUUGCUGUUCUGUUGCUUCUGGAGAAUUUCAGUCACUGGGUUGCACAAUUCUUCUUGGAUCGUUUUCUCACUUGGAAGCUGAAAGUAACUGUUUCUUUGGCUGCAUCGGAAGAGUUUCAUUCAUGAUGAAGGCAAGAACAACUAACAAUGUCCAGUCGAAGCGAUCUACUAAGAGUGUAAGAAAAGAUCAGAAGUUACAGAAGACUAAUAGCCAGAAACGAUUAUCAGAGCAAGAGAAACACAAGGACUUGGAUGCUAAGGAAGAGUCUAACAAUCUCUCUACAGUAGCAAGUGAUUCAACCACACAAUCAGAUCCCUCUGAGGCUUACGAGACUGUAGAUGUUCGUUACUUGGAUGAUGAUGAUGAUGGUGCCAUUGCCUCUGCAGAUGCUCAUCAAGUAUCAAAUUCUCGCAGACUUGUAGAGAAAACGGAGAAGAAGCAUAACUUAAGUGGAUCCGUUUGUGAUUUGGGGAAAGGUGUUGAUCCUGAACAAGAAUGUAAAGGUGCUAACAUCGAUACAGAUGCUCUUGAAGGUAACAAUGCCGAUGUCUGGGAAGAUGCUUCGAAUGGUGCUCUUAGUGCUGGAAGUGAGAACGAGGCGGCUGAUGUAACAGAGAAUAGCAUUGAGGAUGGAUCUUCGAGAGAGAAGAUUGAGAAUCUGGAGACGAGAAUCGAGAAACUUGAAGAGGAGCUUAGAGAAGUUGCUGCACUCGAGAUUUCGCUCUAUUCUGUUGUGCCAGACCAUUGUAGCUCUUCACACAAGCUUCAUACGCCUGCUAGGCGUAUUUCUAGAAUCUACAUUCAUGCCUGUAAGCAUUUUACUCGAGGAAAGCGUGCUACGAUCGCUAGAAACUCUGUCUCUGGUCUUGUUUUGGUUGCCAGAUCUUGUGGGAAUGAUGUCUCGAGGUUGACCUUCUGGUUAUCGAACAUCAUAGCUUUGAGGGAGAUCGUUUCGCAAGCGUUUGGUAAGUCUCGCAUCACACAGAGCUCUGAAUCAAACGGGAGUGAAAAUGGUGAUUCAGGGAAGAAAACAAACCUGAGAUGGAAGAAUGGUCUUCAACAGCUUUUGGAGGAUUGGCAAGAAACUGAAACAUUUACUGCUGCACUCGAGAAAAUUGAACUCUGGGUUUUCUCUAGAAUCGUAGAGUCUGUUUGGUGGCAGGUAUUUACUCCUCGUAUGCAAUCCCCUGAAAAUGACUCAUCAGCGAAUGAGAAACUGAUGGGAUCUUCAUUGGGUGAUCAGAAGCAAGGAACGUUUUCGAUAAGCCUAUGGAAAAAUGCUUUCCGAGAUGCUCUGCAACGGCUUUGUACUAUGCGAGGUGGAGGACAUGAAUGUGGUUGCUUAUCUUUAUUGGCAAGAAUGGUGAUGGAGAAGUGUAUCGGUAGAUUCGAUGUAGCAAUGUUCAAUGCUAUUCUGCGCGAGUCAGAACAUCAGAUUCCAACGGAUCCUGUCUCUGAUCCUAUCCUUGAUUCUAGAGUUCUGCCUAUUCCUGCUGGAGAGUUAAGCUUUGGAUCAGGGGCACAACUCAAAAACGCGAUUGGGAGUUGGUCGAGAUGCCUCACUGAAAUGUUUGGCAUGAACUCGGACGAUACUUUAGCGAAAGAGAAAAGAAACAGCGAAGAUGGUCAUUUAGAAAGUGAAGGCAGUGAUCGUAAAGCCUUUGUUUUGUUAAAUGAACUUAGUGAUCUUCUUAUGCUCCCAAAAGACAUGCUUAUGGAAAGAUCCAUUAGAGAAGAGAUAUGCCCAUCAAUCAGUCUUCCACUCAUCAAAAGAAUACUAUGCAACUUCACUCCUGAUGAGUUCUGUCCAGAUCAUGUACCCGGAGCUGUCCUAGAAGAGCUUAAUGCUGCCGAGAGGAAUGGUGAUGAUGGGCAGCUAUCAGAAGCAAGCUUCCCUUAUGCAGCUUCCUCUGUUUCUUACAUGCCUCCAUCGACCACGGAUGUAGCUGAGAAAGUUGUAGAGUCUGCAGGAAAAUUGUCAAGGAAUUUGUCUAUGAUACAGAGAAAAGGCUACACGAGCGACGAGGAGCUUGAAGAACUGGACUCUCCUCUUACAUCCAUCGUCGACAAAUUGAGUGAUUUUACUGGUUCAGCGACUUCCAAUGCAAGAUAUGAGCUUCUUCGACAAGUGUGGGUUUAGAUGAGUGAUGAGUGGAAGUGUAUAACCAAGUAAAACUAUAAGUAGAGUGUUUUACUAUGGGAUGUAUGGAUUGCAAAGAGAAUUUUCCGAUACAGCUUCUGUUACGUAGAUACUCUGUUUUAGGUAUCACGCAGAAGCUAUCAUUUGGGUUCCAAACCUUUUAUCCCAUUAUCUAAAUAUGGACUACAGUA